AUGUCACAAUAUCUCCCUGUCAAGAAUGGAUUGAAAUCGUUCUGGUUCAGAGAGCCUCAGGGACUGGAAAACCACCGGACAACCGAGUCCAUUCCGAGCCACGCUGAUGUCGUGAUCAUCGGAGCUGGCUAUGCGGGCGCUGCAACAGCUUAUCACCUCGUACGGGACUUCCCAGAAAUAUCUUCAAUUACGAUCCUCGAAGCCCGAGAAGCAUGCUCUGGAGCAACGGGACGGAACGGAGGACAUUUACGUCCUGACCUGUACGGCCAUAUUCCCACAUAUAUCGAUAGAUACGGUGUUGAGCUGGCCUCAGAGAUAGCAGAGUUCGAGAUCGCCAAUAUGUGGGCAAUCAAGAAGGUUAUCGAGGAUGAACAGAUCGAUUGCGACUUAACGCUGCAAAGAUCUAUCGACGUGUGGUGCAACGAAGAAGCUGCCGACAACGCCAUUAGGACCUAUCAAAAAAUGCGAGCAUAUAAUCUGGACUACAUGAAAGAUGUCUUUUUCACUAGAGACCCCAAGACUGCAGAAGGUUAUUCCGGUAUUAAGGGUGCCAAAGCAGCGGCUUCAUUCACUGCUGGAACUAUGUGGCCGGCCAAGUUCAUCCAGGGGUUGCUCAAGGUCGUGCUCGCCACUGGCAGAGUGAACUUACAGACAAACACUCCCGUCACAUCAGUGCAAGCUGACUCGAGUCACGGCUGGACUGUCCAUACUGAUCGAGGCAGCAUCUGCGCGAGCCGAGUCGUCCAUGCCACGAAUGGAUAUGUUGCAAGUCUCCUGCCUCAGUACGACCACAACGUCGUUCCAUGCAAAGGAAUUUGCUGCCAUAUUGCUGCUCCCGUGGAAACUGAGUCCUCGGCUCCUCUGCUGAAUAAUUCCUACAUAAUCCGCGAUGAGGAUAAAGCUCUGUCCUACCUUAUUCCCAGAACCGACGGCGGUAUCGUUGUGGGUGGAGCAGCUGCCAAAUUCAGUCCAUUCAGAGAACAAUGGUACAGAAAUGUUGAUGACGGCGUGCUCAUUGAUGCCGCCAAAGACUACUACAACAACUAUAUGCAGCGAACCUUCAACGGAUGGGAGAAAUACCCCGCUACCAUUACAGAUAUAUGGACAGGAGUGAUGGGUUAUUCUUUUGAUUCACACCCACACAUAGGUGCCGUCCCUGGUCUCGAUGGGCAAUUUGUCAAUGCUGGAUUCAAUGGCCAUGGGAUGCCUCUGAUCUGGCUUGGGUCCAAGGGGGUCGCAAAACUGGUCGCCGCGCAUCUGCAAGGAAGAGAGCUUCCUUUCACAGAGACUGGCAUCCCUAGGCUGUUUGAAACCAGCCAAGCCCGGAUUGAUCGGGCAGUUUACAACAGUGAGGAGGAAGGUGAUAUUCUGGGCACAGGACAAAUCUUCCUGCCAAGGACAGCUCCAGGCCCGAAGGACAAGUAG